AUGACCGAACCGAGCUCCCCCUGUUUGUAUUUGCAGCGACGGACAGCGGCAGAUCAUGCUCGCCGACGGCGGAGGCAGGGAGGAGAAUCGCCCGAACCAAUCGAAAAUUGCAAGGAUAUUCCGGUGGAUACUUUCGUGCUUCGCUCGUCGCUGUUUCCAUGGGGCAGGCCACCGCCGCGAAGCGAAAUUGAAUUUUUCGCUCAGUUCCGAACGCCGCCGCCGCCUCUUCCGUUGCCAGCUCCUCCCCCUCCAUCUUCCAAUCUGCGAGAGAAUCAAUACGAGGAGGAGGAAUUGGGUGGUGGAAGCGAAAUUGAAUUAAUUGAAACCCUAACUCAGUUCCCGUCGCCACCGCAAUCAUCAAUCCCCUUUUCAAAUCGAUGGUCCAAGACAAAGAUCCAGAUGCCCGCGCCACCGUCUCCUCCGCCGCCGCCGUCCCUGAAUUCAUCGUUCUCCCCUUUGAAGAGGUUGUUGUCCAAGAGAAAGAUCCAAGUGCCGGCGCCACCGCCUCCUCCGCCGCCGCCGCCUCUGCAUUUGUCAUUCGCCUCUUCAAAGAGGUUGUCCAAGAGGAAGAUCCCAGUGCCAGCGCCACCGCCUCCUCCUCCGUCCUCCGGCCGUUUCCUCGGAGUUGUUCCUCGCCGAGAGAAUCGAGAUGAGGAGGAGGAGAAGGGCGGAAGAAGAGAGGAAGUUUUGACAAUCAAAUCUCUGCCGCCACCGCCACCUCCUCCUCCGCCAUCAGUCUCCCAUUCGCCAUUCAGGAAAGCAACCAAAAGCAAGGGAAUCCACUCAUUUCCACCGCCGCCGCCGCCGCCGCCGCCGCCGCCGCCGCUGUCGCCAAUGCGUCCUCGGCGGUCGUCACUAAAACCACUUAACUUUUCAAAGAUUGGGUCCGACAGAAAAAUCCAACUGCCCGCGCCAUCGUCGCCGCUGUCGGGUCCUCCGUCGGCGCCGCAAAGAGUGGUAGAUCCACACAGGAGGAGGCCGGUCGAGCGUCCGCCGUCGGAGGAGAUAGUAGGUGACAACGGUGGCCAGCCACCAUUAAACACAAUGCCUCCACCACCGCCUUUGCCGUCGUCACCAAGAAUGGACGGCGAGGAAAUGGGGAGCGGGCACGAGAGUGAAGAUUCCCUUCCAAAUCUCCAUUUUCCAGAGUUCAGACCCACAGAAGGCAAGAAGCAGCACGGCAACACAGCCCGCCGCCGGGAGCCGCCCCUGUUGCCGACUUUCUUGUCUGUGUCGGCGUCGCUGUGCACGGCUCUCCGCUGUCUCCGUCUCUCCGGUCCGCCGCUUCGCAACUCACCAGCCUCUGCGUCAUCUUCGCCGAAUGGAAAGGGAGCCAGCGAAACUCAACAGCCAAAGAAGCGGGCGAAACCUAUGUCAAAGAACCUGCUGUUUGAAACGGAACCAAUGCACGAAGACACAACAUCUCCUUACAUCCAUGAAGAGGAGGGCACUGACCGACAGGCAAAUACGGAAAAGAACGGCCACAGGAAGACUGGCGGCAGUGGUUCACAGUUCCAGGCGCUAACGGAAGAGAAAGAGGAUAAAGAACCCCAUCAUGCUGAAUAUAUGGAAGCCCCGAUAGUAAAUGAGGUCGAGAUGACAACGAAGGCUCAGGCCACUCCUAUAGAGGCGCCGAAUGAUCCUCUCAAUGUUACCAGCUCUCCUAUGGAGACCUCGGCUCAGCAGGAAGCAGAGAUGGCUGGCGAGGAGGGGUCUAUUCCGACUACCACCACCCAUGCAAUUCCUGCGGUGAAGCAUGGAGAACCCACUCCCGCGAAAUCCAUUUCGAUACAGGCAAGCUAG